AUGUCAUUAAAUGUAUCUUUAUACACAGUUUCAGCUUUUCUAAUACUAGACAAUGAAGGUAACAGAUUAUAUGCCAAGUAUUACACACCACCAACAGACAAUGACCAUACCAACAACAACAACAACAACAACACCAAGACGGCUAAAUCCGCCACCUCAUCCAAAUCAACCAGUCAGUUGAAAUUUGAAAAAUCAUUAUUCUCCAAGAUCAAUAAAGUUCAUCAAGACAUUCUCUUGUAUGACAACAAUUUAAUUGUAUAUAAACAAAUCAACGACACAUCGUUAGUACUCGUGUCACCCAUAAAUGAGAAUGAGUGUCUCAUGUAUUCGACAUUGACCAAUCUAGUUGAAUCGUUAACCAUAUUGUUAAACAAUACUAUUGAUAAAACCACCGUUAUUGAGAACUAUGACUUGGUGGUGUUGGCCAUUGAUGAGACUAUCGAUGAUGGAGGCAUCAUUAUUGAGUAUGAUCCAGCCACUAUUGUGUCACGAGUGACUAAUGCGCCAGUGAGCUCGGGGGCUGCUGGUGUUGUUGAUUUGAAGAAUAUUGAUUUGAGCGAAAAGGGAUUAUUUAAUGCUUUGAGUUUUGCUGGUAAGAAGUUGGGUGAGAGAUUACAACAAGGGUUGUAA